AUGGGAGAAGAACACAAGCGCCUUUUGGAUGCAUCUGGCGCCGAUCCCGCUAAUGAGGAUUCGACCGCCACUGCAAUUUUGAGAAAGAAGAAGAAGGAUAAUACGCUAUUAGUCGAUGAUGCAGUUAAUGAUGAUAACUCUGUUAUUGCCAUUAACUCCAAUACCAUGGAUAAGCUAGAGUUGUUCCGUGGUGAUACCGUUUUAGUUAGAGGUAAGAAGAGAAAGGACACAGUAUUAAUCGUUUUGAUUGACGACGAGUUGGAUGAUGGUGCUUGUAGAGUUAACCGUAUCGUGAGAAACAAUCUACGUGUGAGACUUGGUGAUUUAGUCACCAUUCACCCUUGCCCCGAUAUCAAAUAUGCAUCAAGAAUUUCUGUUCUACCAUUUGCAGACACUGUGGAAGGUCUAACCGGUAACCUGUUUGAUGUCUAUUUGAAACCAUAUUUCGUAGAGGCCUACAGACCCGUUCGUAAAGGCGAUUAUUUCGUCGUUAGAGGUGGUAUGAGACAAGUUGAAUUUAAGGUGGUUGAUGUUGAACCUGAAGAAUACGCCGUAGUGGCUCAAGAUACCGUUAUCCACUGGGAAGGUGAGCCUAUCAACAGAGAAGAUGAAGAAAACAACAUGAACGAGGUUGGUUACGACGAUAUUGGUGGUUGCCGUAAACAAAUGGCUCAAAUUAGAGAAUUGGUCGAAUUACCACUAAGACAUCCUCAACUGUUCAAAGCUAUUGGUAUCAAACCACCAAGAGGUGUUCUGAUGUACGGUCCACCAGGUACCGGUAAGACUCUUAUGGCAAGAGCUGUUGCUAACGAAACUGGUGCAUUCUUCUUUUUGAUCAACGGUCCGGAAGUCAUGUCAAAGAUGGCUGGUGAAUCUGAAUCAAACUUAAGAAAGGCAUUUGAAGAAGCCGAGAAAAAUGCUCCUGCUAUCAUUUUCAUCGAUGAAAUCGAUUCAAUUGCUCCAAAGAGAGAUAAGACUAAUGGUGAAGUGGAGAGAAGAGUUGUCUCUCAAUUGUUAACUUUGAUGGACGGUAUGAAAUCUAGAUCUAACGUUGUGGUUAUCGCAGCUACUAAUAGACCAAACUCUAUUGAUCCUGCAUUGAGAAGAUUCGGUAGAUUUGAUCGUGAAGUUGAUAUCGGUAUUCCAGAUGCUACCGGUAGAUUAGAAGUUUUGCGUAUCCACACAAAGAACAUGAAAUUGGCAGAUGACGUUGAUUUAGAAGCAUUGGCAGCAGAAACUCAUGGUUACGUUGGUGCAGAUGUUGCAUCUCUAUGUUCUGAAGCCGCUAUGCAACAGAUCCGUGAAAAGAUGGACAUGAUCGACCUAGAUGAAGAUGAAAUUGAUGCUGAAGUGCUAAACUCUCUUGGUGUCACGAUGGAUAACUUUAGAUUUGCUCUUGGUAACUCUAACCCAUCUGCACUACGUGAAACCGUUGUGGAAAGCGUUAACGUCUCUUGGGCUGAUGUUGGUGGUCUAGAAGAAAUCAAGGAAGAACUAAGGGAAACCGUGGAAUAUCCAGUUUUACAUCCAGACCAAUAUACCAAAUUUGGUUUGGCACCUUCCAAGGGUGUUUUAUUCUAUGGUCCUCCUGGUACCGGUAAGACUUUACUUGCUAAAGCUGUGGCUACCGAGGUUAGUGCCAAUUUCAUCUCUGUUAAAGGUCCAGAACUUUUGAGUAUGUGGUAUGGUGAAUCCGAAUCCAACAUCCGUGAUAUCUUUGAUAAGGCAAGAGCUGCUGCCCCUACAGUGGUUUUCUUGGAUGAAUUAGAUUCUAUUGCUAAGGCUAGAGGUGGAUCUGUUGGUGAUGCAGGUGGUGCAUCUGAUAGAGUGGUUAACCAAUUAUUGACAGAAAUGGAUGGUAUGAACACUAAGAAGAACGUUUUUGUCAUCGGUGCUACUAACAGACCUGACCAAAUCGACCCUGCUAUCCUAAGACCUGGUAGAUUGGACCAAUUGAUCUACGUUCCAUUACCAGAUGAAGCCGCUAGAUUGGGUAUCAUGAAGGCUCAAUUGAGAAAGACUCCAUUGGAACCUGGUUUGGAACUGAGCCAAUUGGCAAAGGUUACUCAAGGUUUCUCUGGUGCAGAUUUGUCAUACAUCGUACAAAGAGCUGCUAAGUUUGCCAUUAAGGAUUCCAUCGAAGCUCACAGACAAGCUGAGGCUAAGAAGGAAGUUAAGACUGAAGGUGAAGAUGUUGAAAUGGAUGGUGGUGAAGCUAAACCUGAAGAAGAUCCAGUUCCUUACAUCACCAAGGAACAUUUUGCUGAAGCUAUGAAGAGUGCAAAGAGAUCUGUUUCUGAUGCUGAAUUACGUCGUUAUGAAGCAUACUCCCAACAAAUGAAGGCAUCCAGAGGUCAGUUCACCAACUUUAGCUUUGGCGAUGGAGCCGGUGCAUCUGGUAAUGGAUCCGGUUCCGGCAAUGGUGGUACUUCAAGCGGAGCUGGUGCAGCCUUUGGUGGUGAUAAUGCAGAAGAUGACGAUUUGUACAGUUAG